AUGACAGACCGCGAGCGCGAAGCCCUCGAGUUCUCCGACGACGUCUCAGAAGAUGGUCUAUACCACCACCCAACCUCCUCCUCAUCCCCUUCCCCCCCGGGCCGAUUCACACGCUUCGCCCGCCCAUUAAUCGACUACGUCCGCAACGCCGACUGGCAGCCCGGCGCCAAAUACACGCACCUCACCUCCUCCGUCUCGGACCGGUCCGAGUCGCCGAAAAAAUGGGCGGCCAUGGUCGUGUCGAUCGUCACGGCGCCGCGCUUCCGGAGAUACGUCGUUGUUUAUCUCGGUCUUGUCCUUGCCUGCUGGAUCGGGUGGCAGUAUUUCCUCUUUCCGAGAUUAAAGGAGAAUUCGGCGCUGCUGCAUUCGCUCGAUCCGAAACAGAGGAAUAAGGCCGGCGGGUGGUUUGGGACGAGUGCGCUGCCGCAGUUGGAGGAUGUGAUUCAGUUGAAGGAGUUGGAUAAGGCGUUUUUGCCUGCGAAGAUGGCGCCCGAGGAGGGGCAGUCGAAUGAGCGGAGGUUGAUUUUCGUUGGGGAUGUGCAUGGGUGCAAGACGGAGUUGGAACAACUGCUCGACAAAGUCUCCUUUGACGCCGAGCACGACCACCUAAUAUUCACCGGCGAUUUGAUCGAAAAGGGCCCCGACAGCGCCGGCGUCGUCGACCUCGCCCGAGACUACAACGCCUCCUGCGUCCGCGGCAACCACGACGACCGAGUCCUCGUCCUCCGCCACGAAAUGCUCUCGUCAAACCUCACCGAUGAAGAGCUAAACACAUACCACCCGCUAGACGCCAAGUCCCGCAAGCUCGCCCGCGAGCUGACCGACGAGCAAGCAGACUACCUGGGCGACUGCCCCGUCAUCCUGAACGUCGGCCCCGUCGCAAACAUGGGCCAAGUCGUCGUCGCUCACGGUGGUCUCGUGCCGGGAGUCGACCUCGACAAGCAGGACCCGUUUAGCGUCAUGAACAUGCUCUCCAUCGACCUCGCAACGCACGUACCCAGCCCCGUCCGAGACAAGGGCAUGAAGUGGACAAAGCUAUUCAACAAACACCAAUCCCUCGCCCUCUCAUCCAAAAACGGGGUUACAACAGUGAUCUACGGCCACGACGCCAAAUCGGGCCUCUCGCUCAAGGAGUACACCAAGGGCAUCGACUCGGGUUGCGUAAAGGGCGGCAAGUUAACCGCCUACGUGAUAUCCGAUGGCGGCGAGGAAAAGACCGUGCAGGUGCGGUGUCAGAAUUAUAUGAAAGGGGAGACGUAA